AUGGUGCUUCGCUUUGCCAAUUGCUUGCUGGCCUUAUUCACAGCAGUUUCAGAGCGGUCAGUACUUUGCCGGCCUUAUUCCAAGUGCAGGUUCCGCAAUGAGACUUGCCGCGCUCUACCUCCACGGAUCAAAAUGAGUAGGGAGGCCGUUGGCGAUCACUUCAACACAUUGGUUCACUACUCACGACGGAUACCCCGGCCACUGACAGUGCUGCACAUCGGCACCAACGACCUAAAUGACUAUGAGUUGGAGUGGUACUUUGACUUGAAGAGGCACACCCAGGAUUCGCUGCGCCUGGUCUUCGUGGAACCCCAGCCCGCCGUCUUACGGCGGCUGCAGGAGCGAGUGCGGCUCUUUCUAGGGCACCUCCACAGUCCAGUGCAGUUUUUGGAGGCCGCGCUUUGCUCCGAGGAGCGCUCCGAAGUGGUCUUCUACACGGUCUCUGAGCGAAUCUACCGGGACUUCCCGAAGUACGAGAUUCCCCGAAGCAUGAUCGCCAGGAUUAGCUCUCUCUCCCGGCUGCACGUCAUCGACCUUAUCAUGCGCUUCGCGCACGCAGAGGACUUCCUAGAGAGGCCCGAGCUAGUGGAGGCCUACAUCGACCAGACUUCUGUGAGGUGUCGGACGGCAAAUGGUUUGCUGCAAGAGGUGGGCCUCGACCCCGCGGAGGUGGAUGUCUUUGUCUCUGACUUGGAGGGCUACGACACGCAGCUGCUCCCAUACUUCCUAGAGCUGGAAGGCUUUCGGCCGACAUCUUUGACCUUUGAGCACCUUUGGCAGCUCGCCCCAGAGCUGGUGACGCGCUGGGCAGUGCGGGAUUUGGCUGUCAAGGGCUACACCGUCCAUUGCCACUUUGCAGACGUGGUGGCCCUGUCGAAUCUGAACCGGCAGGAGCUGGUGGGAGGCAGGCAAGGCACGCCAGGUUUGCUACCAUCCUUCGAGGAGGAGGUCCGCCGCUUCGGUUCCGGGAGAGGGAAUCGGGAUAUAGAGUUUGCGUUCAUGUUCGUCUCGCCAUGUCUGCCCUUGGUGCUGGCUACACACAUGUUCGGCAUGUAUGACUACCACAACUGUCCUCUGCGCAAAAUCUCUCUGUCAACUCGACUAGAGAAUAUUGCGGAGAGGGAGGGGCCUGUCGUGCUUCCGGCAGGCAGCAUUGUCAUGGUGGACACGGACUCUCUUCACACCUUUCUGGACUUCAGCAGUCAGCUGCAGUCGCCGGUCGUAUUAGUUGUGGGACGACACCGUAGAAGCCACUGGCAAAGGCAAGACUUCCAGCUGAAGUCUGUGCUUGAGGAGCUUCUGCGCAACACUUUUAUCCGACAUAUCUUCAUGCAGAACCCAGAGCUGCAGCAUCCUGACUACGAGGGCCUGCCCAUGGGCUUCAACCCAGACCAGGCCGGAUCCCUCACCCACCUGGGUCGGGAGUUGGCUUUGGCCGAGGAGGCCGGCCGCUUGACGAUGGCGGCCAAGAGGGCGUCGCCUGCCUCCAGCUUGGUGCACGUGAGUUUCCUGACGCGCGGGACCACGCGACGUCACCGGCCAGACUGGUUCCCAUCUGGACUCCCGCAGAACUUCUCAGACUACACAGCUUCGCUUGUGCCCUGGCACUUUCAUUUCUUUGUCAGUUGCUUGGUGAAGCAGUGCUUGUCAUAA